CUUGGUCUCCCCAUCAGGCUUCCUGCAGGUGAAGCCCGGUACCCGCUGCCUGCCCAGCCCCUCCGGCUCCCUCCUUCUCCCACCGAGCCUGGCUGGCCUGCUGCUCCCCUGCCCCACCAGCAGCCUUCUCACUGCUCUGUAAGAGCUUCUCCUUGGCUGCGUUGUUUCCAUGACCAACCAAGGAAAAAGACAACAAAGAUGGGGAAAGGACAACGAUUCUGGGAUCUCCACAAGUUUUGAAUGAUUUUCCUACACUUCUUUACUCAGCAAACAUUUCUAGAGCUGUAAGAGCCAGCAUCUGAGGAUAAAAAUGUCCCUGAAGGCGGUGCGACAGCCGCUGGAGGGCAGCGGAGGCGGCGCGGCCCGUCCUGUCCUCGCCAUGAGGCCGCAGCAAGCGCCAGUGUGCGGGAAGGUUUUCAUUCAGCGAGGCUACAGCAGUGGCACCUGCUGCCAGUUCCAGACCAAGUUCCCCGCGGAGCUGGAGAACUGGAUUGACAGGCAACAAUUUGAAGAAACAGUUCGAACUCUAAAUAACCUUUAUGCUGAAGCAGAGAAGCUCGGGGGCCAGUCCUAUCUUGAAGGCUGCCUGGCUUGUCUAACAGCGUACACCAACUUCUUUUGCAUGGAAACUCACUACGAGAAGGUUCUGAAGAAAGUCUCCAAAUACAUUCAAGAGCAGAAUGAGAAGAUCUAUGCUCCCCAAGGCCUCCUCCUGACAGAUCCCAUCGAGAGAGGACUUCGAGUUAUUGAAAUUACUAUUUAUGAAGACAGAGGCAUGAGCAGUUGGAAGAUAAACCAUAGAAUUAAAGGCCCACCUCCAGCUGGGACCCUCAUCUGUGCACCGGCCGACCGCGGAGUGUCCCCCACCUCCUCUCCAGAGCAUCAUUCCUUCGUAUCUGCUGCCAGAGCCAUGGUGCCAUUCACUCCAAGGACUGACUUUCUAGAAUUCCACACCUGGAGUGACCUCUAGUCGCUCAGCAUCCACUUUGUGUCUCCAAAUUGUGGAGGACUCUGUAAUCUUUUGAUUAGUUUUUGAGAAAACGCAAUGAAGCAUUUCACUUUUUAAAAUUCAAAGCCAUUAAUAAAAUGUGCAGUUGAUCAGCCCAACACAGUUUAUUUCUUACCUGCCACCAGUGCCAGUGGUUCUCAUCAUUCCUUGGGCUUCAGCAAGUCAUAAACUAGCCAGUGCUCAGUCUUACUCCCCCAAAUUCAUAAAACGCUUUUCUCCAGGAUUUUGUUGAAGGGUGGGCUGUGUCUGGUUUUGC